AUGGCAGACAGGGGCAGCUUGCGGUGGAAGAAACUCUGCGACUUCUUCGAGCGGAAUUCGCGACAAACGAAGAGGAAUAGGAAGGAGGAAUCGAUCGCUGGCCUGCUGAAAGAGCACAGGUCAAGAGCUCCCAAGGGCGCAGACAUGGGCUCCCACAUGUACCAGCUGAUCAGAAUCUUGCUGCCGCAGUUCGAUCGUGAGGAGAUGGGCGCCAACGUCUCCUACAACAUGAAGGAAUUGUCGCUCGCCCAACGAUUCAUUGAAGCCCUCUCUCUCAACAAGAAGUGCGAGGAUGCUCAACGGUUGCUGGGAUGGAAGCAGCCGAUAGCGGGGGAAGGGAUGGGGAACUUCUCUCUCGUCCUCGAGAACGUGCUGAGGCCGAGAACGGAAUCGAACGAGGAGGGGAAGAUGACCCUGGGAGACGUGAACGCAUUCCUGGAUCAGUUGAGCGAGAAUGCAAGCAACUCCAAGAGGCAAGCGAUCCUUCUGGCAGAGCUCCUGAUCCGAGCCAGUGCGUACGAGAUUAGGUGGAUAGCCCGGGUGAUCCUCCGAGAAUUGAAAGCAGGCUUGUCCGAGAAACUCGUGCUCAAUGCUUUUCAUCCAGACGCCAUGGAAUUCUUCAAGAUCAACACAAAUCUUCGUGAGGUUGUGAACAAGUGCAAGGAUCCAAAAGUGCGUUUGAACAAGAUCAACAUCGACUACUUUCAGCCCUUCAAUCCCAUGUUGGCAGAAAAGGUCACUGAUCUGCAGGCUGUACCAGAGUAUUUCAAGAAUCGAGUGUUUUGGAUUGAGAACAAGUUCGAUGGUGAAAGGAUUCAGAUCCACAAGUGUUUUGAUCGACUCUCCUGCUACACGAGGAGGGGGAACGACUAUACUGAACUCUACCAGCCGUUGCUGGAUAUCUUGAGGAGAGAGAAGUUGAUAGCUGCGGAGAGAUGCAUCCUCGAUGGUGAGGUGGUGGGUUGGAACUUUGACCAGCAGAAGUGGGAAAAGUUCGGUACGAACAAGUCGAUAGCGAUGAGAAUGGGGAAUGAUGGCGAUGAUUGGGAAAAGCCCCGCCAGAUGUCCAGCUCCGAUUUUGCAAACUCUGGAGCCACAAAGAGCACCUUGUGCUUUGUUGUGUUUGACAUUGUUUGCGAGGGAGACACGGUAAUGACUGACUGGCCGCUGAAGGAGAGGAGGGAACGACUUGUUGAAAUCAUCCGGGAGAAAGAAAAGAUCGUUGAGAUAGUCAAGCACGUUGAAGCCUCUGACAGCGGAGAAGUGUACAAGAAGCUUGAAGAGGCUUUGGAAACGGAGGAGGAAGGGAUUGUUCUCAAGAACCCGGAGUCGAAGUACGUUCCGAAGUCGAGAGAGAAGGGAGAGUGGAUGAAGCUGAAGCCUGACUAUCUCGGAGGGUCGGAAGAGUUUGACUUGUUGAUUGUUGGAGGAACUUACGGGAAAGGACAGCGAGGAGGGCAGGUGUGGCAGUUCAUUUGUGCUGUUGCAGACGAACCUCGAGAAAAGGGCAAGCCGCCCUCGUGCUUCCGCACCAUGUGCAGAGUUGGAACGGGGAAGACAAGGGAAGAGUUCAUGCAGCUUUUCAACCUGCUCAAGGAGAACAUGAGGCCCUACAAGCGCCUCACGCAAGGGAAGACGGCUGUAGACCGGGAUGUGAAGUUCGAGAGGAAGCAAGACUUUACUUCCGUCCAGUGGCAGCAGAAAGACGGCGCUGACCCGGUCGAGGUUCUCUUCUCGGGGAACGCCAAAGAGGAGGUGGACGUCGUCUUUGAUCCAAGAAAGAGUAGGGUGCUGACCCUGGUGGCCGACUAUCGUCUCAUAGAGUCCAACGUAUUCAUGGCAGCCCGGGGGGUUGAAGGAAAGGACGACAAGACCGGGUGGACGCUCCGGUUCCCUCGCAUCCGAGAGGGCGGAUAUCGGUGUGGCGAGAUGGGUGGAGACGAGAAGCCCUGGUUUGACUGCAUGACGUCCCGGCAGUUCGAGGAAGCCAUCGCUCGAUCGCAGCAGCCGUAUCACAUCCACGAGAUGCAGGCCUUUAACAAGGCCAAGGGAGGGAAGAAGCGCAAGCUGAGCCAGUCCACGGGUAGAAGGACGCGAGGCGCACGAGUUAUCGAGGACGCAGCGUUCAGUGGCAACAGCUACGAGGCAAAGUACGACGUGUUCAAGGGGAUGGAGAUAUGCGUGCUGCCCGGAGAUCCCGAGCAGAAGAGGGAGACAGAGCAGCUGGCUCGGGAGCUGGGAGCGACGAUGGUGGCAAACAUCGACAGCUUGACAACGCACAUCAUCGGGAUGAGGAUGGAUCAGCGUUUUAAGAACCUCAAGGAGGCUGAUUGUGACGUCAUCGGGAGGCAUUGGGUGUCCGAAUGCUCCGAGAAGAAGCGGCUGGUUGAACUCGCCCCCCGGCACAUGAUGCAUGCUUCUGCUGCUCGCAGGAAGGAGUUCCACAACCUUUACGACAAGUUCGGCGACAGCUUCACAGAAAGGUGCACCGAGAAGGAGCUGGAUUUGCUUCUUGACGAUCCCCAAGACCCCAAGACGUGGGAGGAUCUGUUCGACGUUCACAGUGACGGCGAGAUCGACGACGAGGAGAUGAAAGAGCUCGAGGAUAGCCUGGCGACCCCCUACAAGUCGUUGAACUGGUCAAGUCUGAGGGGAGAUCGCGUCCUUAGCUUGCGGUCCGAUGACGCGUCAAACUUUGCACGAGACUGGCUGGAAGCUUGCAAGAUCCUCUGGAAGAGCAGAGGCUGUGUCAUAGAGGAGAAGUCGGUCAAAGACAUGCAGAAAGAUGGUCGCUGGAUGCCAAGCUUACGCGAUUAUGACGUACUGCUCGUGGACAACGAGCAGCUGAUCAAGGAGCUUCAGCGGCAAGGCGUCAGAGCUCGUUUCCUUUCUCCUGCCUGUGACAUCAACUUGGAAGGAAGAGAAUAA